AUGGCCAGAACAAAGUAAACUGCAAGAAAAAAUACUGGAGCUAAAGCCCCAAGAAAGCAUUUAGCAAAUAAAGCCGCAAGAAAGACAGCUGCUCCUGCUAAUGCCGGAAUAAAAAAGCCUCAUAGAUACAGGCCAGGCACAGUAGCACUAAGAGAAAUAAGAAAGUAUCAAAAGAGCACCGAUCUAUUAAUAAGGAAGUUACCGUUCCAAAGACUCGUCCGUGAGAUAGCAUCUGAAUACAAAAACGACUUAAGGUUUCAGUCCUCCGCCGUACUUGCACUGUAGGAAGCUGCCGAAGCAUACAUGAUUGGAUUAUUUGAAGAUACAAAUCUAUGCGCAAUACACGGUAAAAGAGUUACCAUCAUGCCGAAAGAUAUGCAAUUAGCCAGGCGUAUUAGGGCCUUGGAGUAUCCUAGGCUUUAUGUAAUAAACGGUGAAGACAAAUUUUAAGUAGAUCCGAGUAAAUUCUGGUACUGA